AUGGAGUGGAGUUACCUGUUGGAAAUCACCUCGCUGCUCGCCGCCCUGUCCCUGCUGCAGCGCGCCGGCUGCGCCGCCGCCUCGGCCGCCGCCGCCGCGUCCUCCUCCUCCUCGGCAAAGGAGCUGUCGUGCCAGGAGAUCACCGUGCCCCUCUGCAAGGGCAUCGGCUACAACUACACCUACAUGCCCAACCAGUUCAACCACGACACGCAGGAUGAGGCCGGGCUGGAGGUGCACCAGUUCUGGCCGCUGGUGGAGAUCCAGUGCUCCAGCGACCUGCGCUUCUUCCUCUGCAGCAUGUACACCCCCAUCUGCCUGGAGGACUACAAGAAGCCGCUGCCGCCCUGCCGCAGCGUCUGCGAGCGGGCCAAGGCCGGCUGCGCCCCGCUCAUGCGCCAGUACGGCUUCGCCUGGCCCGACAGGAUGCGCUGCGACCGCCUCCCCGAGCAGGGCAGCCCGGACACGCUCUGCAUGGACUACAACCGCACGGACCUCACCACGGCCGCGCCGCCGCCCGCCAAGCCCCCGCUCCGCGGCUCCAAGCCCGGCACUCCCCCCAAGGCGCCCCCCGCCGCCGCCGCCCCUCCGGCCGAGGCCCCGCGCAAGCCGCGGCCGCCGCCGCCCUGCGAGCCGGGCUGCCAGUGCCGGGCGCCCAUGGUGUCGGUGUCCAGCGAGCGGCACCCGCUCUACAACCGCGUCAAGACGGGGCAGAUCGCCAACUGCGCCCUGCCCUGCCACAACCCCUACUUCAGCCCCGACGAGCGCGCCUUCACCGCCUUCUGGAUCGGGCUCUGGUCCGUGCUAUGCUUCCUCUCCACCUUCGCCACCGUCUCCACCUUCCUCAUCGACAUGGAGCGCUUCAAGUACCCCGAGCGCCCCAUCAUCUUCCUGGCCGCCUGCUACCUCUUCGUGUCCCUCGGCUACCUGGUGCGGCUGGUGGCGGGGCACGAGAAGGUGGCGUGCAGCGGCGGGGCGGGCGCGGGCGGCGCAGGGGCCGGGGCGGCGGGGGCCGGCGGCGGCGCGGCGGCGGGGGCGGCGGCGGCGGGGGGGCGCGGCGCGGCGGGCGGUGCGGCUGAGCUGCAGCCGGAGCUGGCGGUGGCCGAGCACGUGCGGUACGAGAGCACCGGCCCGGCGCUGUGCACCGUGGUCUUCCUGCUCGUCUACUUCUUCGGCAUGGCCAGCUCCAUCUGGUGGGUGAUCCUCUCCCUCACCUGGUUCCUGGCUGCGGGCAUGAAGUGGGGCAACGAGGCCAUCGCCGGCUACGCGCAGUAUUUCCACCUGGCCGCCUGGCUGCUCCCCAGUGUGAAGUCCAUCGCUGUGCUGGCACUCAGUUCUGUGGACGGGGACCCCGUGGCCGGCAUCUGCUACGUGGGCAACCAGAGCCUGGAGAACUUACGGGGCUUCGUGCUGGCACCUCUGCUCAUCUACUUGGCCAUCGGCUCCAUGUUCCUGCUCGCUGGCUUCGUCUCGCUCUUCCGUAUCCGCAGCGUCAUCAAGCAGCAGGGUGGCCCCACCAAGACCCACAAGCUGGAGAAGCUGAUGAUACGCCUGGGACUCUUCACUGUGCUCUACACCGUGCCAGCUGCCAGCGUGGUUGCCUGCCUCUUCUACGAGCAGCACAACCGGCCCCGCUGGGAGGCCACGCAUAACUGCCCCUGCCUGCGUGACCAGCAGCCUGACCAGGCCCGCCGCCCAGACUAUGCUGUCUUCAUGCUCAAGUACUUCAUGUGUCUGGUGGUGGGCAUCACCUCUGGUGUCUGGGUCUGGUCUGGCAAGACCCUCGAAUCCUGGAGGGCCCUCUGCACUCGCUGCUGCUGGGCCAGUAAAGGUGCUGCCGUGGCUGGGAGCACAGGGGCAGGAGCAGGUGGACAGGCAGUAAUCACCACGGCAGGAGGACUCGGAGCAGGAGGUGGUGGCUCACUCUACAGUGAUGUCAGCACCGGCCUGACGUGGAGAUCAGGCACCGCCAGCUCGGUCUCCUAUCCCAAGCAGAUGCCCCUGUCUCAAGUGUGAGGAGGGGGAAAGAGGCCAAAGGUUAGGGAAUGAGGGACACUGGCCUGCCUAAAAUACCCCCUCACUGUUUGGUGCCAUUAAUGAACCCCUAAUGGUCCUUAUUAGCCACAGCUUGUAUAGAACAAUGCAGCUGGCAGAGGCCCCAAGCUCCAACCCCCUCCUCCUUCCCCUCCAUUCAUAUGCAGGGAGCAUGUACUUCAAGGAGCUAGCUUAUUAUUUUGCUGGCAGAGGAGGGUAGAGGCUCACCAGUGUCUUGCAGAGGGCAAGGCACAGCAGCUUCUGAGUCACUCUGGACUAACAGCAGGUCUUGUCUUUGCUCGUGGGAGGAAGGGUAUUCCUCCCCCCAUCCUGAGAUGGGAGUCUGCUUGGGACUGCAGGUUUUUGAGAUGUGGAUUACCAGGCAAAUGCCUUACAAUAUUGACUGAAUCAAAACAUGUCUUAAUUAUACACCCCACCUAAAUACGGGUUUCCU